AUGGCUGGUAGAGAACCCAGGUAUGAGCAUCGCGACACUCGACAUUGUGGCGGUCCGGAUGAGAGGAUUGCCGAGAACAUUAACUUGACCCGGCACUGUUCGUGUCAUCCCAUUCUGCCGUCCGUCUUCCACCGCUCCCCACUCACCAACCUCACCAACCUCACGAUGGGCCGACCAACUGAAUCCUCCGGAGCUAGCAACAGCCUGACGGUUCGCGAUAAUCGAACAGGGAAGGUCUUCGAAAUUCCGAUUGUGGACAAUAGCAUACCUGCGACUGCGUUCAAGGACAUGAAGGCGGCGUUCCAGAAAGGGGAGCGAGAGGAGAAUGAGACGGAUAAAGGACUCCGGGUUUCUGACAAGGGAUUCUUGAACACGGCUGUUAUCCGCAGCGAAAUAACCUAUAUCGAUGGGGAAGCUGGAGUUCUGCGCUACAGAGGAUAUCCUAUCGAACAGCUCGCCCUGCAUUCAUCGCACCUGGAGACAGCCUACCUGCUUAUUUAUGGCUCUCUUCCAACCAAACCCCAAUUCGAGGUUUUCCAGAAUGAAGUGCUACACCAUGGGGUCACACAUUCGGAUGCGGCUCAGUUCUGCAGGUCCUUCAGAUAUGACGCACACCCCAUGGCAAUUUUGACGAGCGCCUUCGCCUAUCUCGGAUCAUACUAUGCAGAAGCUAACCCUUCCCUUCAAGGCCAGACACUUUUCAGCAAAGGAGACAAAGCUUCCCUCGCAGUGAUGGACAAGCAAAUCUACAGGCUCAUCGGAAAGGCUACCACAUUGGCUGCGAUGGCGUACCGUGUGCGUCAAGGCCGCGACUUUGUGACGCCUCCGACGGGCUUGAGCUAUACCGGAUCGUUUUUGUACCAAAUGGACCACCUCGGCGAGGAGAACUACACACCGAAUCCCGUUCUCGAAAAGGCUCUGGAUGUUCUCUUCCUUCUACAUGCCGAUCAUGAGUUGAAUGCCUCCGCGACUACGGUCCUCCAGACCGGCAGCUCACUUGUCGACCCAUACUCUGCGAUAGCGGCUGGUUGCGCUUCUCUCUAUGGACCUUUGCAUGGUGGUGCCAACGAGGCCGUUAUUCGAAUGCUCAUCUCUAUUGGCAAACCAGAGAACGUUCCUGCGUUCAUCGAAGCUGUAAAAAAGCGCGAAAAGGUGUUGUCAGGCUUUGGACAUCGUGUGUACAAGACGUCCGAUCCACGUUCCUUCAUCGUCCGAAAAACCGCAGACGAAGUUUUCAAGAUCACCGGCAAGGAUGAACUGCUAGAGACCGCUAUGGCAUUGCACGAGGCUGCCAUGAAGGACGAAUACUUUAUCAAACGUAAGCUGGCUCCGAACGUCGAUUUCUGUGGUCUCAUCUACCGUGCGAUGGGCUUCCCACUUGAUUUCUUCCCUGUGUUGUUUGCUGUGCCGCGUGUGGUGGGGUGGCUCGCCCAUUGGCGCCAAAUGAUGCUGCAAGAGGGCGGCUUGGCUGAUUCGGAGCAGAUCUAUGUCGGGUCGGGGAAGCGCGAUUACGUUCCGAUAAAUGAGCGGAUCGCGGUCGAAGGACCCAGAAAGACCCCCUCGACGAUUGCACAUUCAGGAAUAACGAAGAGGACGAUGCUAGCCUCGUUCAAGGACAAACCAGCGGCGAAGUUAUGA